UCAUCCUGUCCAUAUCCAUACCCAUAGUGUCGCCAUUUUUGUCUACAAGGCAAGGCAGAGUUGUCGACCUGGUGUGCGGAAGUGUAUAUUUUAUUUAAAUUAGAGUAAAUUAAAAAAAAUUAAUUUUCAUUUGAAAUAAUAAUUAUCAAAGAGACUGAUAAUGAAUCAGUCGCGUAAUUACACAUCACUUUUGAACCCAAGUUACUUACAAAAUGCUCAAAAUGCUUCAAGUGCAAAUGCAGCUGCGGCUGCCGCGGCCGCUGCUGCUGCUGCUGUUUCAGCAGCGAUCGCUAAUGGGACAGCAUUGAAUAACUCAAUAUCCUCGAAAAAACGCGAGUCCGAAGACGAUGGCAAGUCGGAGAAAGAAUCAAAAGAGGAGCGGCGUAAAAGGAGGAAGACGAGAUGGGGUGGUAGUGAACAUGACAAAACUUUUAUCCCCGGGAUGCCCACUGUCCUACCAACGAAUUUAACUGCCGAACAGGAACGAGCUUAUCUCUUUCAGCUGCAGAUUGAGGAAAUCAGCAGGAAACUAAGGACCGGAGACCUGGGGAUUCCACUUAAUCCUGAGGAAAGAUCACCCUCGCCUGAGCCCAUUUACAGUAGCGACGGUAAACGGUUGAAUACCAGAGAGUAUCGCACAAGACGUAAAUUGGAAGAAGAGCGACACAAUCUUAUUCAAAAGAUAUUGAAAAUUAACCCUGACUUCAAACCACCGCCAGACUACAAGCCGCCAAUAAUCCGCGUGCAUGAUAAAGUUAUGAUACCACAGGAAGAGCAUCCGGAUAUUAAUUUUGUGGGGCUGCUUAUUGGACCACGUGGAAAUACUUUAAAAUCCAUGGAAAAAGAAACUGGUGCUAAAAUUAUUAUUCGUGGCAAAGGAUCCGUGAAAGAAGGAAAAGUUGGUAGAAAAGACGGACAACCUUUACCGGGUGAAGACGAACCAUUGCAUGCAUAUAUUACUGCUAAUAAUUUGGAAGCUGUCAAAAAAGCAGUCGAAAGAAUCCAUGAGAUAAUUAGACAGGGUGUUGAAGUACCCGAAGGACAAAAUGAUUUGAGACGCAAUCAGUUGCGUGAGCUGGCUUUACUCAACGGAACUUUACGUGAAAAUGACGGCCCGCGGUGUACGAACUGCGGAGCUUCUGAUCACAAAUCAUGGCUGUGUCCUGACAAACCAAAUGUUACAAACAACAUUGUGUGUUCAAGUUGUGGUGGUGCGGGUCAUAUCGCACGUGAUUGUCGUUCGAAACGUCCAGGCCAGGGUGGUCCGGCAGCCGCAGGAAUGACUGGAAUGGGUCCAGCUGGCGAUAAAGCGAAGAUCGAUGAGGAAUAUAUGUCACUUAUGGCUGAAUUAGGUGAAGGUCCACCGCCAGACAGAUCAAAGACAACACAGCGCACUAACGCGACCGCGAAUCCAAAUUAUCCGGGUCUAUUUGAUCGCCAACAGGCACCUAGAGCUCUGAUGGCCUCACCAGCACACCCACCACCGCAAAUGAUGCAAGGCGGUCCUCCACCAAUGAUGCCGCCACCUGGUAUGGCACCACCACCUUGGACUCAAGGUGAUCCCAACGGUAUGAAUGGAAUGAACAUGCAGUGGCAACAACAACCGGUGAACAUGCCUCCGCCACCAGGAGUUAUGCAGCCCCCACCUCCACCACCAGGGUCUACGCCAGCUCAGACAAAUAUUCCACCGCUGAUGCCGUGGAUGGCUGGCAAUAAUCAACCUCCGCCACCGGGACAAAUGCCUCCAACUCAGAUGCCACCACCGGGCAUGGGAAUUCCUCCCUGGCAGCAGGCCCAGCAAGCCUCCAUGCGACCUCCGCCACCAGGCACUGCGCCUCCACCAGGUUAUCCAGGGUGGCAGCAACCUCCCAUGGGAAGUUGGCCGCCAGCUGCUCCCGUCCCUCCGCCACCACAGCAGCAACAGAAUCCAGCACCACCUGGCAUCGAUCUUAACUCUCUACCAACUCUUUUGGCUCAACCGCCACCGCCUCCACCGCCAACUAGUUAGUCGAUGGAAUUUUAAUAAAUAAAAUAAUUGUAGAUUUUCACAAUUUUAUUAUUAGAUUGAUAAAAUUGAAUUCGAGUUACAUAAUUAAUUUUAUGUCUAUUCGUAAAAUUCAAAUGUGUUUUUAAAAGUUAUUAAUAUCAAUCAUUGCUACAUAUUUAAUAAUUUUCUUUACUUGUUAUUAUAAAUUAUAAGAACUACACAUUUUUUUUUCGAAUUGUGACACACAACAUAUUUUAAUGCAAUUAUUUU